AUGGCGCCCUUCCCUUUGGAGUACAUCGACCCCCAGCUCCUAGCCUUGCAGCCGUCAAACCCUCUGCUAAUCAAAGAAAGCAUUGAGAGCCUUUUUGCCGGUGCGGAUCCAGAGGUACAACCAGUCCCGACACCAAUAGCAGGGUCCAAGCGUCGAACCUCAGCAGACGACAACGAGACUGAUACUGGCUUCGUUGGUCCCCGCAACUCAUCUAAGCCCGCCCCUAAACGCCAGAAGCGGGAAGAGCCAAACACGGAGCUCUACGGGAUAAAAGCACUUCCACAGAAAUCUCAACAGUCUGCAAAGCCAAAGGCUACAGGAGCAAAAGACGUCGGGAAUUGUGGCCGUUCACGCAUCUACGAUUAUAUGAAGAGCGCUCCGCACAAAGACCAUUCGUUGAACCUAAAUAUCUCUGUGACGGCGGUAGAGCUAAUUGUCCUAAUUCCCCACUCUAUCUUGAGUUGGCCCAUCGCGAACCGUUUAGUCCAGAACGGGAUGACCUACAAGCUACAUAAAUACAUCGCUCGCCGCCAUCGAGCAGGCAGCGUCCUGGACGGAUCCGCAUCCAUCGACGAGAUCGCAGCUGAGGAUGACAAACUCUAUUCGGUCAACUCGAUACUACAUGGCUACCAGCACGCUAUGCGGGCCGGACCAGAUCCUAAAAAUCCAAUGGCCAAUUGGACACACUCGAGGCAUUCUAUGUUGGUGUCUAACAACAACUUCGAUCCCAAAAAUGUGUCCCUCUCAGGAGUUCGGACGCGUGCAGAAACCCACAGCAAGACAUACCGGCCGCCAAAAUCAAUCCCAUUGGAAUCCUUAGCGAACGACGUCCUGCAGCUCCCACAAGGGGCAGACGCGGCUGACCUUACUCGAGCUGUUGAGUUCGCUCAACAAUACCCUGGCCGCUACUUCUUCCCUACUGACGUAGAAGCGGUGAUUCGCCAAGUCGGACGGGUGGUAGUGACACGCGAACAUACGGAUGCCGCAUGCAUUCGGCGAUGGAUGCCUCGGAUGCAGCGUUUCAGGGACGAAGCCAUCCGUCUUAGGUGUGAGGCACUGAAGCCUCGUCGUAAUGCUCCAAAGACCAACGCAAAGAUGAGCCCACUGCCUAUCAACGAGGAGCAGUAUGGGCCGGCACAGAAUAGCACAGGAUCUAGCCUGGUACCUACCAUCGAUCUCUCUGAAUCCCAGGAUCAGUCACCAGUCCUAGAGGCACAAACAACCCCGGAAAUUUUCCAGGAAUGGAUUCCAGAAGGCGAAAUCGCACCGGACAUCACAGAGACUCAGGCCUUUCCAGAAUAUCCGACUCUGCUGCGCGAUGCUCCCGACCCAAAUCAAGGAGAUCGCAGCUUCCGAGCGUUGUGUAUCAAGGUGGCCAAGCACCCGUAUUUCUGGCACCUCGAUUGGCCCGAUUCCAGCGAGGGACUCGAUAUGGUGCUGGAGUACAUGAGGGAUCAUCCAGCUCCCUAGUUCACGGAGAGCUACGAGGCCUCCCGAGAGUUAUCAUUCGCAACUACUUGCCCUAUCCACCGAUGUACGGUAUUUUGUUACGACUGGAAAGAGCAUCAACGAAGAGCGCUUGGGACAGCACGCUGCUAAAUCUUUGUAUUUUCAAGGCGACAAAUGGAUCAAGUCCCAAUGGCGGUUUUAAUUUCCGGUCCUUAGAUGCGUAUGAUUAUCGACGGUAUGGGUACAUUGACGCAUUUGACUUGUAUUAAACAAGACAUCCUACUCAGGUUGCCACUACUAGCGUGUCAGUGGCGUUACAUCCUUCCAUAUCCGUAACAAGGGGGAACAGGGGAGUUCCCCCCCCACCCUUUUCAGGGG